CCGUCAUCGUCGCUUCAGCUCGACAACCUCGUCCAGUGCAGUCACUCACGUCCACCACCAACGUUCGCGACACUCCUUCACUCGCUCUCGGCAAGACAGAGAGGAGACGCGUCGGUACUGAACACUCCCCACCUCUCUUCUUCCCUUUCCCCCUUAGGACUCUUGCACAAUGGCGCGCCGUUACGACAGCCGGACAACAAUCUUCUCCCCAGAAGGGCGGUUGUUCCAGGUCGAGUAUGCCAUGGAGGCCAUCUCCCAUGCGGGUACCGUUCUUGCUGUGCUCUCGAAGGAGGGUAUCGCCCUUGCCGCGGAGAAGAAGGUCACUGGCAAGCUCCUUGACCUGUCCCUCGCUCCCGGAGGCUCCGGGAAGGGCGGAGAAGGCUCGGAGGCGUGGAUGGGCGGUGGUGGCGAGAAGAUCUUCCUCCUCAACAACAACAUCCUUGCUGGCCUCGCUGGUAUCACCUCUGACGCAAACUCGCUGGUGAACUUUGCGCGCAACUCGGCACAACGCCAUCUGUUUACCUACGAUGAGGACAUCCCAGUCGAGAUGCUCGUGCAGCGCCUAUGUGACAUGAAGCAGGGCUACACCCAGUUCGGCGGUCUGCGUCCAUUCGGUGUCUCGCUCCUGUAUGUCGGUUGGGACCCUCUGUACGGUUUCCAGCUGUAUCAGUCUGACCCGUCGGGCAACUACUCGGGGUGGAAGGCGACGUGCAUCGGUGCGAACCACUCGAGCGCUGCCUCGCUCCUGAAGCAGGACUACAAGGACGACAUUACGCUCGAGGAGGCCAAGAGCUUGUGCCUGAAGACGAUGGCCAAGACGAUGGACUCUACGAAGCUCAGCAGCGAGAAGCUCGAGUUCGCGACCAUGACGCUCGUGCCGGGGAGCAAGCAGCCGCUGGCCAAGAUUUAUGGUGCGGGCGAGCUCGACGAGCUGCUCCAGAAGCUCGAGUUGGGCGGCACGAAGGAGGAGCAGAUCGGCGUGGGCGAGGGAACUGGCGGCGGCGACGCUGGCAACAUUGCUGUGAGCACGUAG